AUGACAUCUCCUCCAGCUCCGAUAAUCAACACGUAUCAUUGUGCUUUCUGCACAAAUCUAGUGUUGGCGACGACGUGGAACGUUGGAGAGUUGCCGGUGAGAGGGAAUGGGGUGAGGGGGAGGGGGGAUGGAAGUUUGAUUUUGUGGGUUGGGAGUGGUGAUGGGGGUGAUGGGGAGGGGGAGGGGGAGGGGAAGAGGAGUGAGAUGGGAGAUGGGGAGGGUGAGGGUGUGGGGGAGGGGAAUGAGGGGGAGGGGAAUGGAAAGGUAGAUGUUAUGGAUAUGGAUAUUAGUGGAGGUCAAAAUGGAAAUGGAAAUGGAAAAGCACCUUUGGAAGAAACCCCAUCACAACCACACUCACAAUCACAAUCCGCAAAAAGCUACACAUCCAUUCUUUCCCUAAUUCAAUCAAAGAGGCAAAUAAUUGUACGUCGGGAAGAUGUCUUUGGGUUUGAAAAGAGGAGGUUGUGGAGGUGUGGGAGGUGUGGGGUUGUGGUUGGGUAUGAGGUUUUGGGAGGAGAGGGAGGAGGAGAGGGGGGUGAAAGGGAAGGGAUGGCGAGAGGAGGAAGGGAAUUGGGGGAAGGAGAAGGGAUGGGAGAGGGGAAGGGGAAGAUUCUAUAUUUGUUGAGGGGCGGAUUGAUGGGUACGGAGGUUAUGGCGGGGGGAAAGAAGAUUGGGGAGGGGGAGUUGGAAUUGGAAAUGGGGGUGAGGAUGGGGAUGGAGAGGGAUGCGGAAGGUUUGGUUGGGGGCGGAGGAGUGGCGGUCUGGGGGUGA